CAUCUAUCCUCGAUGUACUAGCGUUAAUUCAGAGUAGGAAAGAACGUCGGUCUAACUACGAUCCUGUCACCAACAUAGUCUGGUCGCUCGACUUGGAUUUGGAUGUGCCCGCAGACGUGCUCGCGCUCUUCUUCAUUUUUCGCAGUCACUAACAUUUCAUUCUUGAUGUGCCCAUACUAGUUUCGCUUGUCUAUUUUACAUCCUACUCCCUUGAAGUCUAGAUCCUCUUGGACGGCGGUAGUCAGAGUCACUUUCACGGUGUGGUUGUAGGAAGGACGAAAUUUACACUGGUCUCAAACCCCAUACAGCCCCACCGCAUUACAUUGUUCUGAUAUAGAGUUGUUACAACUGAAUCAACAUCUUACAACCGACCCUACACCAUGCGCCAUACGACUACACAGGACUGUGAAGAAUAACCCUGCCUGUGCGUAAAGAGCCGUGGCGGAACAGCUACUACCAUGGGCAAAAAGGGUCGGUGGGGUACCAAGAAGGACGCCACUACGUCAGAAGCGGACCCAACGGGUGCCAGCCACGAUGCGGGCCUCGACUUAUUAGCGAAGCAAGGAUCUUCAGCGGCUGCGUCCACGUCCGCCACCAGCCCCGACGGUAACAAGAACGCAGCACUCGCCCACCUUGAGUCGGGUAUUUUACGUGGCCAGAAGGAUGCGAGCUCCACGUUCCGGCAGAAGCGGUCGGAAUUCGACCAGUUUAACACGACGGUGGGGACGGUUUCAAACUCCGCGCAAUCCACCUUGGAGGAAAACCUGAAGCGGUUUCUAGCCCUUGUUUCCGACCAGGACGAACAUUGUUUCUGCCUCCCGGAGGGGUUCUGCGCGCGGACCGAUCUUUCCACGUUCGAGCAACUGUUUCAGGAGUUCGAAUUUUUGCCGACCUGGAGCGCGAACGGGUUUCGGCUGCGGCGGGACGUGAUCGAUGUUGGUAUGUUCAACUACCGAGUUGAUGGUUCAUCUUCUGACACCACCAGCGGUGUAGUUGUUGCAGCUAGUCGUGGAAAUAACGGCCCCCCAACGAAAAAGCGGUUCCGACCCUACAACGUCGCUGAGAGCGAGCAGGUGCCGGAUGGUGCUUUUGUUUCUUCAGAACCACGAAGACCAGGGGGAGGAUCAGGAACCCCAAAUUGUAUCCGGAACGCCGUCUGGGAAAACUGCCCGACGUAUCGGAAGCUGAUUCAGUUUCUCGUAAAGAAGUUCGAGAUUCAGGGGCCGGUGCGCUCGGUGAUAAACUUUUACCAGGGAAACAACAACCGCCUGGGCUUUCACAAGGACAGCUACUACGGCAACGUGAAUUUUACGGUCGGCGUCUCUCUCGGGGCGACGAGGAAUCUGGAGUUCAUAACGAAUGAAGAGUACUUUCACACACUUUGAGAGAACUACGGAAUACAUUUUUGCUACAGAGUUUCGAGAUUUUUUGUACCGCUUGUUUCAUCCUAGGUUGUCGUAUUGGACAAAUUGAUGGUCGUUCAAGAGGAGGCAUGAUGUGGGCUUCUUCUUCUAUCCCAAUUGCCAUUUUUGCAAAUUACGCUGCUGCUCUCGCAGUCACAGGCAGCACUAGUUAUACAAAUCAACAUGAUUGACAGGUACCAGCGACAGCAGGCGCAGGGCGGCGGGGGCAACAUGCAGGGCGGCCUGUUUUCCUUCCCGCAGGGGAACGGGGACAUCUUCGCAUUUUCCGAGUACGUAAACAACCAUUACCGCCACGGCGUGCCCAACGACGCUCAGAAGCAGUUCGGCGGACGAAUCUCCGUGGUGGUUUGGGGCCACCGGGAAACCAAAUUCGCAAAGGUGGGUGCCGAGUCGUCGCGAAAACGAGUGCAGCCUCGUGACGGAAUGUCGACCAGGUCGAGCAGUAAUCGGGACGAAGUCGUCGCUCCUUCGAAGAGUUAUUACCCCUACGAGGGCGACUUCGUAGUGGAUUUCGCCGGGGAAGAAGGAGAGAGGAUAGUGUACGAUGAUGCGGCACUUCUGGUAGAUGGUACUAGUAAUCGUGAUCUUGUUUCCAAAGGAAGAAUAAGAUGAUGGCGCGGACGAGGGAACAUAAUUUGUACUAGCAUGACACUGUCACUUUUUUGUGGGCAUGAUUUCUACCAUUGUUCGAAGAGAAU